AUGCGCCGUGCCUUCUCGUCCGCGCUGAGUCGCGACGGCGCCAGCGCGCUCACGUCUGGCCGCAUGUACAACUGGCGCGUGCGCGCAGUCUACAGCGCGCUCGACAAGGCGGGCAAGGCGGACGGCCCCCUUUGUGCCGAAGACCUGUACAGCCUUGGCCACCUGGACCAGUACCACUACGGCGGCACGGACGCUUGCGACGAGGCGGCCGCACUCCUCGGGCUCGACUCCGGCUCCACCGUCCUCGACAUCGGCAGCGGCAUCGGCGGCACGUCUCGCUACCUCGCCGCCACCACCGGUUGCCGCGUCGUCGGCGCGUCGCCCGCCUGCAGCGAGGGCGGCUCACCCCUCACCGCGCCGGCUCACGGCGACGCCGCCGACCCGAACCUGACGCUGCCGACGCCGGCGGGCGGGUUUGACCACGCAGUCUCUCACCUCGUCAACCUGCACCUCCCGGACCGCGGCGCGGCGCACGAGUCGCUCUGCGAGGGCGGCACCUUCGUGAUUGAGGACUUCGUGCUGGUCGCGCGGCCCACCGAGGCGGAGGCGCGCACGCUCCUCGACCUCGUCAAGGCGCCGAGCGUCACGUCGAUCGACGGGUACGUCUCUGAGCUGGAGGGGUGCGGGUUCGUCGACAUACAGGCGACGGAACUCUCGGUGCCGUGGACGGUGUGGUGCCGGGCGCGCAGCGACGAGUACAGCCUGACGGAGGCCGAGGCGGUCGCGCUGCACGGCCGGGAGGUCUUUGAAACGCGGCAGCACUUUUACGUCCAGGUGGCGAACCUCUUCGCCGGCGGGCGCAUCGGCGGCGUGCGCCUCUCCGGGCGCAAGCCGGGCGGCCACGAGCGCAGCCUCCACCGUGGCCGCCGCGCCCAGGCGCUCAAGGCACGCACGGCGCCCGUGCGCAUCCUCGAGAGCGGCGCGUCGUUUGGCGGAGCCUUCGGCGUGGCGGCGACGCAGGCAUCUUCGGCGCAGCUGCUGCGCCGUCCGGUGCGGCAGCCGCCGCUGCCCUACAGCUCGCUGCCCACGCCAGGGCUGCACGACUCGCUGCAGUACCACUUCUUCCUCGGGGGCGGUCUCUUCCUCGCCCUGCGCGUCUUCCACACCGCCAGCCUCCAGAGCACCACCGCGUGGCUGCACGAGCCCGGCCUCGGCACCGUCGAGCUGGUCAACACGUACACCCCCCUCGCCGCCGACCGCGCCGCCCCCGGCCUCUUCCUCGAGGGCGAGGAGAUCACCAUCGCCGACGGCGGCGACGGGAGCGUGGCUAUCGACCUGCGGCCGACGUCGGCGUCGGCGAUCGCCGCGCUGCGCCGUGCGCAGGUUGGCGACGGCGCGUCGACAGGCCGGCCGGAGCUGCGCCUCCGAGCGAAGGAGGGCCACGCCUUCGGCUGGAUCCCGGCGGGCGCCGACGGGUCUUCCGACGGCCCGGUGAUCCACCGGCCGCAGAUGACCGCGCGCGUCGCGUCGUGGCGCGGCGAGGAAGUGUCGGGCUACGGCUACUCGAAGCGGUACUACGCGAUCUACCCGCGGCACAACGGCUGGCGCUUCAUCCACGGGGUGAGCGGGCCGCACCUGUCCGGAGUCGCGGACACCUACCAGCAGCAGGACGCCGCUUACGGAGUUGGCGACCGCCCACCAACCACUGGCCUUGCCUACAAUGAGCGCUGCUUCGGCUGCCUCUGGUGA